AAUUUGUUUACAUAUACUCUUUGAAUAUUCACAUCAUCUAUUAUCAUCAGUAUUAUAUCCAUGGUUUCACGUCGGACGACUUUUAAUGCGACGCCUUCCGCUACCCGUCGUCAUUCAUCCUCCUGGUUUGUCGACUACAGGCGAGGGUGUACAGCAAAAGGUCCUCGCCAUGGAGCUGGCUCACAGUCUGCUGCUCAAUGAAGAUGCCUUGGCCCAGAUCACUGAAGCAAAGAGGCCUGUCUUCAUCUUCGAAUGGCUCCGCUUCUUGGAUAAAGUGCUUGUGGCAGCAAAUAGGGUGGAUGUGAAGGAGAAGCAGAAGAAGCUAGUGGAGCAGCUGACAGGACUGAUCAGCAGCGCUCCUGGACCGCCAACAAGAAAACUGCUGGCCAAAAACCUUGCUACCCUCUACAGCAUUGGCGACACCUUCACUGUUUUCCAGACUCUGGAUAAAUGCAAUGAGAUCAUCAAAAGCAAGGAUGACACACCUGCAUACUUACCAACAAAACUUGCUGCAGUGGCAUGUGUUGGAGCUUUUUAUGAGAAGAUGGGCAGGAUGCUGGGGAGCUCCUUUCCAGACACCAUUAAUAAUCUUUUGAAGGCAUUAAAGAGUGCAGAGUCCCAAGGCAGAGGAGAGAUCCUUCUCAGCCUGCAGAAGGUUCUCUGUGGUCUGGGAGGAGCUGCAGCUUCAUGUCACAGAGAUAUCUACAAGAAUGCCCGCUCUCUACUCACAGACAGGUCCAUGGCUGUACGCUGUGCCGUAGCAAAGUGCCUGUUGGAGCUGCAGAAUGAGGCAGUAUUCAUGUGGACCACAGAACUGGAGAACGUGGCCACUUUGUGUUUCAAAUCCUUGGAAGGAUCUAACUAUGGUGUUCGGGUGGCAGUGGCCAAACUGCUGGGGACAGUCAUGGCCACUGCCCUAAUGCCCAAACAAGCAGCUGUGAUGCGUCAGAACGUGAAGCGGGCCACUCUGGAGGAGGUGCUGGAGUUAAUGGCCACAGGCUUUCUGCGUGGUGGAUCCGGCUUCCUGAAGAGCGGAGGGGAGAUGCUGAAGGGGGGAGGCUCUGUCAGCAGGGAGGUGCGGGUGGGCAUCACACAGGCCUAUGUUGUGUUUGUGACUACACUCGGUGGUCAGUGGCUGGAGCGCAACUUUGCCACAUUCCUGUCCCACGUUUUGGACCUCGUAUCUCACCCACGGGCCACGCAGACACACGUUGAGGCUGUGUACUCACGCCGCUGUGUUUCCUUCAUGCUACGCGCCACCCUGGGGGGCUUACUUGGAGAGAAAGCACAAAUUGCAGCCGGCAAAGAACUCUGCCAAGCCAUCAGCAAGCAAAUGAGGGCUGUGGGUAAGGAGGAUGGGGGGGAAAUAUCACGGUUCAGAGCAUUACAGAAGGCAGUUGUGAAUGACAUGAGUGGAGAGAACAAGGCAGGGGCAGCUGAUGUCUCUGCCAGUCAGCAUGUCAUGGUGUGUGCCCUAAAGGAGCUGGGCAGUCUGGUUCACAGCUUGAGUGCCACAUCUUCACCACUCAUCCAGGAGCCUUCAAUAGGACUCCUUGAGACUGUGACCUCAGUGCUUCUGCACCCGAGCAUGGCGGCUCGUUUGGCCGCUGCGUGGUGCUUGCGCUGUGUUGCCGUGGCGCUGCCCUAUCAGUUGACCCCGCUGCUGGACCGCUGUGCGGAGAGAAUCAACAACCUGAAGAGUUCGCCUGAGGCUGUGAGCGGCUACAGCUUUGCGAUGGCUGCUCUGCUGGGAGGCGUACACCAGUGUCCUCUGGGUAUCCCCCACUCCAAGGGCAAGUUGGUGGUGAGUAUAGCUGAAGACCUCCUGAGGACAGCCGCUCAGAAUAGUCGACUGUCCCUGCAGCGCACACAGGCUGGAUGGCUGCUGCUGGGUGCCCUCAUGACUCUGGGUCCCUCCCUCGUGCGCUAUCACCUUCCCAAGAUGCUGCUGCUGUGGAGGAACGUGUUUCCUCGCUCUCAGAAGGAGCUGGAGGCAGAAAAGGCCAGGGGAGACUCCUUCACCUGGCAGGUCACCCUGGAGGGCCGAGCUGGAGCACUGUGUGCCAUGCGCAGCUUUGUGGCCCACUGUCCCGAGCUGCUCACAGAAGAUGUGAUCCGCAGACUGAUGACUCCCAUUGAAUGUGCCAUGACCAUGAUGUCUCAUGUACCUGCCAUCAUUAAGGUCCAUGGUGCUCACCUGAAAGCUAGUGCAGCGAUGGUGAGGCUCCGGUUGUACGACAUCCUGGCUCUGUUGCCUCCUAAGACCUAUGAAGGCAGCUUUAACGCCCUCCUGAGGGAGCUGGUGGCAGAGUUCACUUUGACUGACAACUCGGCCAACACUACCACCUCCUUGCUGCGCUCUCUCUGUCACUGUGACGACAGUGUGCUCAUGGGCUCCUGGCUACAGGAGACUGACCACAAGUGCAUAGAAGAUCAGCUGCAGCCCAACAGCGCGUCUGGCAGCGGAGCUCUCGAACACGAUCCCUCCUCAAUCUACCUGCGUGUUCCUGUCGGCGAGGACAUCCCAGGGCCUCUCCCUCUGGGUGUGUCCGUCAUCGACGCUUCAGUGGCUCUGUUUGGUGUGGUUUUCCCCCAUGUCUCCUUCAAACACAGGCUGCAGAUGCUGGACCACUUUGCAGAGUGUAUCAAGCAGGCUAAAGGAGUUCGACAGCAGGCAGUCCAACUGAACAUCUUUACUGCGGUACUUAGUGCCCUCAAGGGUUUGGCUGAGAACAAGAGUACUCUGGGUCCUGAGGAGGUGCGUAAGUCGGCCCUGGCCCUGGUGAUGGGAGCGCUGGACAAUCCCAACCCCAUCCUGCGCUGUGCUGCUGGAGAGGCUCUGGGCAGGAUGGCUCAGGUGGUGGGAGAGGCUACCUUCAUCGCCAGAAUGGCACAGACCAGCUUUGAUAAACUGAAGUCUGCCCGUGAUGUAGUAUCAAGGACGGGCCAUUCACUGGCUCUCGGCUGUCUGCAUCGAUAUGUUGGAGGAAUUGGCUCAGGCCAGCACUUAAAGACCAGCGUCAGCAUCCUGUUGGCUCUGGCCCAGGAUGGGUCGUCUCACGAGGUCCAGACAUGGGCUCUGCACUCUCUGGCUCUGAUUGUGGAUUCUAGUGGUCCAAUGUACCGAGGCUACGUUGAACCCACGCUGUCCCUGGUACUCACCCUGCUCCUCACUGUGCCACCUUCCCACACAGAGGUGCACCAGUGUUUGGGCCGCUGCCUGGGAGCUCUCAUCACCACCGUGGGACCAGAACUACAGGGAAAUGGAGCCACUAUCUCCACCAUCCGCUCGUCCUGCCUGGUUGGUUGUGCCAUAAUGCAGGACCACUCGGAUUCCCUUGUGCAGGCAGCUGCCAUCUCAUGUUUGCAGCAGCUGCACAUGUUUGCUCCACGCCACGUCAACCUGUCCAGCCUGGUGCCCUGUCUCUGUGUGCACCUGUGCAGCUCUCACCUGUUGCUGCGUCGCGCUGCCGUGGCCUGCCUGAGACAGCUCGCUCAGAGAGAGGCUGCUGAGGUCUGUGAGUACGCCAUGAGCCUGGCAAAGAGAGCAGGAGACCACAAUACAAUCAAGCUGAACAUCACGGAGACCGGUCUGGAGGGUGUUCUGUUCGGCAUGCUGGAUCGGGAGACGGACAGGAAGCUGUGUUCUGAUAUCCAUGAUACACUGGGCCACAUGCUGUCGUCUCUUGCUGUGGAAAAGCUUUCUCAUUGGCUGAAACUCUGCAAAGAUGUCCUGGCAGCAACUACAGAUGUUGGAGCACCAGUUGUAUUCGAGGUGGAAAAGGAUGAGGAAGACGGCGAGAAAAAAGACGAGAUGGACGAUGACACCAUGUUCACAGGCCUGGGCGAAGAUGACAAGACCAAGCCCUCUGUGGCACCGCGCUGGGUGACGCGGGUAUUUGCCGCGGACUGCUUGUGCCGCAUCAUCCUGCUGUGUGAGAAUGACAAGGCGCACUUUGACCUGGCAGCUGCCCGCUCUGCACAAGCCAAGAACAUCAAAGGAGAUCAGCUGGUGCUCCAUUUGUCUGACCUCAUCCGCAUGGCCUUCAUGGCGGCCACGGACCACAGUAACCAGCUGAGGAUGGCCGGCCUGCAGGCCCUGGAGGACAUCAUUAAAAAGUUUGCGUCCGUACCGGAGCCUGAGUUCCCAGGGCACGUUAUCCUGGAACAAUACCAGGCCAAUGUCGGAGCUGCCCUCAGACCUGCCUUUUCACCUGAUACACCGUCUGACAUAACAGCUAAGGCAUGCCAGGUUUGUAGUACGUGGAUUGGUAGUGGCGUAGUCAGUGACCUCAAUGACCUGCGGCGAGUCCACAACCUGCUUGUGUCGUCGCUGGACAAGGUGCAGGCUGGGAAGGGCUCGUCCAGUCAGCUGUACAGUGAGAGCGCCACCACAAUGGAGAAACUGGCCGUGCUGAAGGCGUGGGCUGAGGUGUACGUGGUGGCGAUGAAGAUCAAGAAAGAGGCCGAGUCUAAGCCGGCCAAACCAGUCCGAACUGGAGACGACGACGAGGAUGAGGACGACAUGGGUGCCGAUGUGCUUCCGCCCGACAGCCUCAUCACUUUGGUGCAGCCAGAGCUGCCCUCGCUGAGCCGCCUGUGGCUGGCCAUGCUGCGAGACUACGCUCUGCUCACUCUGCCUGCCGAGUUUUCCAGUCAGCUGCCCCCUGACGGUGGAGCGUUUUAUACUCCAGAGACGAUAGACACAGCGAGGCUCCACUAUCGCGGUUCGUGGGCCCCCGUCCUGCAUGCUGUGGCCCUGUGGCUGAGCAGCACUGGGUUCGGAGCUGGUGCUGAGAAAGAAGAGGUCCCCUCAGCUCCCUCCAGGGUUCCUGCCAUCACUCAAGCAGCCACCUCCACCACUAAGACCUUUGAGGAGUCGGUCAGAGACAGGAUGCAUCUCAUGUUGGGUGUCAGUAUAGAGUUUCUCUGCUUCCCCCGACCCGAGGAGCCCAUUGAACACGUGAUGUCCUGCCUGCACGCCCUGUUCACUCUGCUAGAAUCUCCAUGUGCUAAGAUCCAUAUCGCAGAGGACCAGCUGUUGGCAGUGGAGCUGCUGAACGUGCUCCACAGGCUGCUGUUGACCCGGGAUCCUCCUGCUGUACAGCUUCAGGUCACUGCGGUCGUACAGGAGACUAUCAGGGCUGCACAGGACCACCUGCAGCGACAGAAGGACCGCAAAGGCAAAGAGGAAGAAGGCGAGAAAGACUCUGAGCCCAGCCUCGGGGAAGGAGGAGACACGGGGGAGCUCGUCCCCGGCAAGUCUCUGGUGUUUGCAGCCAUGGAGCUGCUCGUGUUCGUCCUGGUCCGCCACUUACCGCAACUUAACGCACGUGUGAAGGAGUCGCCCAGCCAUGUGCCACUCAGGCCUCAGCGACUACCCGAAGAAAGUGCCCGCCUGGUGGCAAACACAGUUUCCAUCCUGGCAGAGCUGCCCUCGCUCUGCUCUCCUGCUGGAAGCAUGACCAUCCUACCCACGGUGCUCUUCCUAAUCACGGGGGUGCUGAAGGAGACUGCGGUGAAGACUGCUGACAACUCGGUGCCGGUGACUGUGUCGGCUGCCCUGCAGGGCAUCAAGACCAUCAUAACCUCCCCACUGGCCCGGGUGGAGAGCAUGCAGACGCAGUGGACCGGCCUUGUGAGGAGCAGCCUGGCGUCUGUACUUGAGCACUCACAGCCAGAUGAGUCCAGGCCUGACAUGGAUGAGGUCAGUAUGUUAACAGCAAUCACACUCUUCCUGCUGUCUGCCAGCAAUGAACUCGUAGGAGUAACCGUCCUGCAGAAGGGCUGCAUGGACCGCUUCCGAAACGCCCUCAACUCCAGUGAUCCCUGGGUUCAGGCGCGGUGUUACCAGCGGCUGUUGUCGGUGUUCCAGCACUCCAGCCGAGCCCUGUCCACUCCGUACAUUCACGCUCUGGCUCCGCUCAUGGUGGAGAAGCUGAAGGCAGUGGAGCGCAGUCGGCCGGGGACCGCUGCUGAGCUGCAGGCCGUGCAGGAGGGCAUCCGGGUCCUGGAGAAUCUGGUCGGCAUGGGUGAAGAGCAGAACCGGGUGCAGUUGCUGGCUCUUCUCGUACCAACUCUCAUCUCCUACCUUUUGGAUGAAAAUGCCAUCUCCUCCGCGUCCCAAGUCUCCAAAGGCCUGCAUGAUUUCGCUCUCCAGAAUUUGAUGCGGAUUGGCCCCCUCUAUCCAGCUGCCUUCAAGAUAGUAAUUGGUGCGGCACCUGAGCUUAAAAUCCGUUUGGAAGCUGCUAUACGGGCCAACCAGGCCAGCAGCAGAGCCAAAGCUGCAGCCAGGCUAGCGCAGCCGACGAUGCAAGCUGGACCAACCAUCAAACUCAAGACGAGCUUCUUCUGAACUCUCCAAAAUGCACUGUACACUCUCACAGCCUAAAUUAAUGUUGUCUUUUUAGGUUGCUGUCUGUCAAGAGUCCCACAUGUAACGUCUGUAUCAACUACAGUUUCUUAAGUGUAUUUAUUUAUUCUAGAUGUCAUCUUUGUUUUUGAUGGAUAAGAACUCUUCAAGUCAAGAAGGUCAUUAUGUAAAUAUCAUUAAAAAGCAUAUGAAUGUUCAUUUUUUUUUUUUUUAAAACAGCUCACUCUCUGGACUUGCACAUUUACAAAGGGACACAUUUUUUUAACAUCCUUUCUCCUGAUUUUGUCCUUUUUUUGUUUGUCCAAAAAUGUAUGUUUACUGUGCCAUUUUUACGUGAUUUUGCAUCACCACGAGCAUGGCAGUUAUUUGUUUUCCUUUUGAUUCCAAUCAUGCAUGUUUGUUUUAAUGGAGCUGGUUUAGUAUAUGACCUCAGGGUCUGCUGAUUGUUACUGAUGGAUGUUUUUUUUCCCCUUUUUUUCUAAGAGAUGUUUUUCUCUUAAAUUAUGUUGUAAGCAUUAAUUUUGAUCAUUUAUUUUGAGCCCAUAAUGAGAUUUUGAGUCCUUUGAAUAUUAAAUGCAUCAUGUUUCCAAAUUGUUUUGGGGCAGAAAUUGUACUUCUCACAGACAGUUAAUUGAUCUACUCUGCUGAUAAAUGGAGGGGAUACUAGAUCUUUUAAUAUACAGUAUGUGCUGCAUAUCAUACAGACUGUUGUAUUGCUUAUAACUGAUUUUUAAUAUCUGUCUAUGUGUAAUAGUUAUAUGAAUGGGUGGGCAUCAUAUCAUCAUAAAUUGGCAGAUUUGUUGAAUGUUACAUUCCACCCUCAUUUCUUUGAAAUAAAGUUGCUUUGACCUCACUGUGCUGAUGUCACUUAUCAAAAA